AUGCCGGCUGUGGGCUGGGAGGCCACUUUGAAAGCUUCCGGGCUGGAUUCUGACAGCAGGGUGCAGCCUGACCGGCCAGCCUGGGAAUCAGCACCCUCCACUGUCUCCAGGGAAAACAGCCUGGGCAGGCUGAGAGAGACGGAGUACAGAGCUGCCAUCACUCAGUGGGUGGCAUCGAUCCUCCUGCGACCCCCGGGGCACCGCGCGCCCAGCCCUGCGCAGAAGUCUGGGGCCGUGCGCAGAGCCUCCAGCCGCCGCGCCUCCCCAGCCUGCCCCAGCCGCUGGCGCUGCCUCUCCCCUCCACUCCCGACCCUGGGUCUCCAGGCGACCCCUGCUCUGAGCCCAGCCUCCUCGCUCCUUGGAGCCGGAGCCGGAGCCGACCCCCGCGGCUCCCGACUGCCCAAACUCCGCUCCAGCCGCGCUCUCUGGCUCCCGCUCCCUACGCUCCCCGACCCAUGGCCAUCCCCCACUCUGCUGCGCCCUCCAGCCCCUGCGACCCAGCAUCUCCCGGCCUCCUGGCUCCCUGCAUUCCCGGCCCUCUCCGCGGCUCUCGGGACCCCGCCGACUUGCCCUCCCCCUGCCCUGCCCGGCGCGCCCCGCCCCGCCCCGCGCCCCCAGCCCCCGCGGCUGGGCGCCUUGUUCCUGGCCGCGGGCCUGGGCGCGCUGCUCAGCUUCGCGCUGCUGGCCGCCGCGGUCGCCAGCGACUUCUGGUACCUCCGGGAGGUGGCGGACACCGGACACCGGCGAGCCGGCGGCGGCGCUGAGCGGCUGUCCUCGCACUCCGGCCUCUGACUCACCAGCGAAGGGCAGAACAGCUGUGUCCCCCUCAUCAACCCUUUCGCCAGUGAGGGCCUGGACGCCUUCCCCUCGGUGCAGCGGCUCCUCUCACUGCACCGCACUGUCAUGGUGGUCCUGCUCCUGAGCUUGGUCCUCGUUGUGUGUGGCUGGGUCUGUGGCCUGCUCAGCUCCCUGGCCCAGAGCAUCCCUCUGCUGCUCCUCACCAGCUGCUACUUCUUGCUGGGGGCUGAGUCUGGGGUGCUGGGGGAUCCUGGGAGUGCCCUGACCCUGGCAGGGGUCAGUGUGUACAUCAGCUACUCGCGUCUGGCCUUUGCGGAGACCACCCGGCAGUACGGCCCACAGCACGUGGAGGGCGUGCGCAUCAGCACCUCUGCCUGGACUCUCAACUUGGCACUCUGAAGAUGAAGCCACUAUUCCCGAGAAAGCCUUUCUCCCCCUGGGUUCCUACUAGGGGCUUCCUAAGCACUGAGGUGACAUAUUGCUAUAGUCUGAAUCUUAGGUGUCCCUCAAAGCUCCAUGGGGCAAUGUGCUGCAGGCCCAGAAGCAACGGGGCUGACUGAUCAUGGACUAAGGCCUCUGAAGCUUGGAGCCACAAUUAACUUUCUUUCUUGUAAUUUAUCUCCUGCAAUUGUUAUAGUGAAGAAAAGCUAACACAGAUCUCCCUUCUUUUUUUUUUUUUGGUACCAGGGAUCGAACUCAGGUCCUUGGGCUUG